UGGAGCAUAUCUUUUGAGUGGAAAAAGCAGAAUUGCCACUCGUCUCUCUCACUUUGAUUUUGUUCAUAUCGGUUUCUACAGGGAGAAGGAUUAAGACUGAGCUUGACAAUGGAAUCCAACGAAUUCGAACAUCUCCCAAUUCUCUGAUCCCGAUACCUUUAAUUCCUUUCAGUUCCUGCACAAAUUAAAUAUCGGGUCCUUUAGAAUACUGGGUCUUUUUUCAGAAUUUUCUUUGGUUGGAAUUGGGUACAUAUCCGGUUAGUUACUGGUGGUUGAAGAAAUGGAGUUUUAUGUUGCAUUUUGCUGCGUUUUUCUGUUGUAUUAUCAGGAACGCUGUUUUGGGUUGUGAUAGUUGCUAGAUUUUGGUGAGGGAGGGGGUGUCAGCUAUGGGAUUUUUGCUGGUUUUUUCAAAGGGGCCACCGAGGAAAAGAAGAGCAGGGCUAAGAAUUAAACAAGCGGGGCGGGGAUCCUACAGAGGUAGUUAGGGUAAAUUGUAGACAUAAUUUGGGUUUUUUUUAGUGUAAUAUAUACUUCUGUGAUUUAGUUGGAACGAUUGAAGAUGGGUACUACUGCUUUGAGACAGUUGUUGAAGAGUCUGUGCAGCAAUUCACCUUGGAAAUAUGCAGUGCUUUGGAAGCUUAGGCAUUGGAGCCCGUUGAUUUUGACCUGGGAAGAUGGGUAUUGUGUUUACCCUGGACCAAGAGAACCACUCCCUGAUCUGACAGAGGUAACCGUACCGGUAUUGGGGACAAAAUCGGGGUUUUCUCCUGUGAAGUUCCCGGUAGGUAGCCGCACAUGUACACCGCCGCCGCCUCUUUACAUUCCUCCAUUUUCACCUCUUCUCUUUCAUUUCCACCCAUUGCCGCCGCGAAAACCUUCCUGUUUCUUGUCCUUUAGCAGAAAACUACUCGCAGAGAAGCUUUAACCUCUCCCUGAGCUCCGACUUGUUUCAGGUUCCGCUGGUUUGCUUUUAUAAAGCAGAGAAUUAGUA